AUGGCGCCUCGUCGGAGUGCGGCCGCUGAGGUCGAGGAACAAGAGCCGGAGGGAACGGUCGGACUGCAGUUCAACGAGUCGCUAUCAUGGCGUCCCGGCAAGCCGAUCGCCAUCGAUACGCUGCUCAAGCGGCUCGACAAAUUGACCAAGGAGCUGGCAGAGAUGGACCAAGAGACGACCGAUCCAUCGUCACUCACCAAGGUCGCCAAAGACGUGGCCGGGAACCACCUGCUCGCUCACAAGGACAGGGGUGUGCGUGCCUAUACGGCCUGCUGCGUUGUUGAUAUCCUCCGUCUUUGCGCCCCAGAUGCGCCCUUUACCCCGACUCAACUUAAGGACUUCUUCAACCUUACCGUCACGUCCAUAAUCCCCGCCCUCUUCGACACCUCCAAUCCCUACAACAACCAACACAAGUACGUCCUGCGCUCCUUGGCCGAGAUUAAGAGUAUCGUCCUGCUGCUCGACGUCGAUGGUAGCGAAGCUCUCUUAUUAGUCCUUUUCUCCAGCAUCUUUGACGGCGUAUCCGGUUCCAAAUCGGCCCAGGGAGAGCAAGUCGCCAAGGAUGUCGAGUAUAGUAUGCAAGAGCUCCUUGGUGUCUUGGUUGAAGAUGCUGCGAGUCUCCCGGCCAAGGUGGUGGAUGUGAUGAUGGCGCAGUUCUUGAGGGCUGCCGCACCCGGGAGCGGCAGGGACAAGCAGAACCACACGCAGCUCGACGAAAAUCAGGCCACCCUCCUUGCCAAGGAAGAACCUGAGGCCUACCAGAUUGUGAAGCAUCUAUGUCAACUCUUCCCCGACAAGAUGGCCCGCUUCGUUAGCCAGUACUUCAGCGAUGUCAUCGUCGACUCCACGGGCUUUGCUGGAAAAGGCGACGCUAGGGACGUGGAUGACGAUGACGAGGAGGGGCCAUCCGGGGCGACUGAAAAGGACCUGAGGGAAUUGAAGAAGGCGCACACACUUAUCCGUGAGAUCUGGAAGGCUGCACCCCAAAUUCUCCAGAACGUGGUUCCGCAGGUUGACGCCGAGCUCUCUGCCGAUAAUGUGCAUCUGCGCCAACUUGCCACGGAGACGCUAGGCGACAUGAUUUCCGGUAUUGGUGCUGCUGGGCCGCCGCCCCCACCAGUCCUGGACCCGGCUGCCUACCCACCUUUGAAGUUGGAUGACGAAGAUAAACUUGAUGCUUCGUCUGCGAACAUUCUUACCACACCCCUUUCCGCCAUCUCUUUCUCUCAGACCCACAACGCGACUUUCCACAACUUCCUAAGCCGGAGGAAUGAUAAGUCGCCCGCUAUCCGCUCUGCCUGGACUGCCGCUGUCGGGCACAUUCUCUCAACCUCGGCCGGUGGCAUUGGGCUCGGGCGCGAAGAUGAGACGGCGCUGAUCCAAGGCAUUGGAGAGAGGCUUUCGGAUAGCGACGAGAAGGUCAGACUGGCUGCCGUCAAGGCUAUUGAGUGCUUCGGCUUCCGGGAUGUCAUCCUGAAACUUGGCCCGAACGGGGGCGUCGGCAAGGAGGGAUCCGUCUUAUCCACGCUGGCCGACCGCUGCCGUGACAAGAAGCCAGCCGUGCGAGUCGCGGCUAUGUCUCUUCUGGGGAAGCUCUGGGGCGUUGCUUCCGGCGAACUUCUCGCCGGCCACGAAGCGGUGACUGCUGCCCUGGCAGCGGUUCCCAGCCGAAUUUACAAUUCGUUCUACGCCAACGAUCUGGAAUUGAACGUUUUGUUGGAUCGCGUCAUUUACGAGUGUCUCGUACCGCUGUCUUACCCGCCACCUCCGAAGAAGGCUUCUAAAGCCGCCGCCUCCAACGGAGAGGCCUCACAGUCCCAAGGUGUGGCCAGCGACCCUGAUGCAGUACGGGCGGAGAGAAUCCUCCUUCUCCUCCGCUCACUCGAUACCAGUGGGAAGAAGGCGUUCUUUGCCAUGCAGGCGCGGCAACCGCAGUUUUCCCACGUUCUCGAGACAUACGUCAAGCAGUGCGACCAGUUCAACGGGGGCGUGAUGGACGAGGAUGCUUCGAGGAAAAUUGCCAACCUUAACAAAACGACCCGUUACAUCUCCCAAUUCCUUCCGGACGGACCCAAGGCGGAGCAAGAACUCUAUCGGUUUGCCAAGACCAAUGACCGGCGGAGUUACAAUCUUAUCAAGUAUGUCAUCGGGCAGGAGCACGACUUCAAAACGGUCUACAAGGCCCUGAAGGAGUUGAUGAAGCGCAUCCAAGCUAGCAAGGACCCGGUGGUUCGCGAUACGCUGCUGCCCCUCCUUUACAGGUCGGGCUGUGUUAUGUUCAACCGCAGCCACCUGGCCGCGAUUAUGGAGUGCUCCAGGUCGGACAAGGACGGCAUGGGGGCGGCCGCCCACGAAAUUCUCAACGAGAUUUCGCAGCGGAACCCCGACCUCUUCAAGACGCACAUUGGCCAGCUGUGCAAGGACCUUGUCGACCAAGCUCCCACGCAAACGCGGCAAAACGACCCGGUAGUCGUUGAGACGUUGAAGGCGUGCUCGACUUAUGCUCGGAAGUACCCUAAGGAUGUGCCGGCAGAGAGGGACUUCACGCGCACCAUGAUCAACUACGCGCUGUACGGCCAGCCCCCGCGGGCUGCCAAGUACGCGAUUAACAUCAUGCUUGCCAAGAAAGACGACAGAAGCCUGGUUACCGCAACUGACCUUCUCCAGCGGAUCGAGAAGGACUGGACGUAUGGAUCCAAGAACUUCCUCAACAAGCUAGCUGCCGUGAGCCAACUUGAGCUACUGGCUCCUCGAGUCACCGAAAAGGCGGAGAGCAAGAUUCUGAAUAUGGCAGUACAACAGGUUCUUCUCGAGGUCCGGAACUCAGCCAGCGACAAGGAUCCGGACUGGGUUGACGAUGCCAGCCUGGAUGAGGAAUGCCAAGCCAAGUGCCUCGCUCUGAAGACCCUGGCCAACCGGCUCAGGAGUGCAGAGGACGUGGACGAGGCGAAGCAGACGGCUCGUGAUGUUUGGAAGCUGUUCAUGAAGUUGAUCAAGAACAAGGGAGAAAUCUCGAAAACCAAGAACACACCCAAGCACCACCGGUCUCGGCUGAGGCUUCUUGCGGCGCAGUUGUUGCUGAAGCUGUGCACGCAAAAACACUUUGACGAGUUGCUUGGCCCGGAGGAUUUUGACGCCCUUGCUCUGACAACGCAAGACGCCGUCCAAGACGUCCGCCACGGUUUCGUCAAGAAGCUACAGAAAUACCUAGCCGCCAGUAAACUGCGCUCGCGUUUCUACACCAUCGUCUUCCUGAUGGCGUUUGAGCCUAGCACGGAGUUCAAGCUACGGACCGAAACUUGGAUCCGGUCGCGGGCGCGCCACUUCCAGGACAACAAGCAGCCUGUCCUCGAGGCCGUGAUGCCGCGCCUCCUAUCCCUUCUGGCUCACCAUCCCGACUAUGCCGCCGAGCCGGAUGAGCUAGUCGACCACGCCCGGUACAUGCUCUUCUACAUCAACCUAGUCGCGACCGAGUCCAACCUGGGCCUGAUCUACAAGUAUGCGGAGCGGGUCAAACAGACGCAGGACGCACUGGACCCGGGAAGCGAUCACCACCAGGUGCUGAGCGACUUGGCGCAGGCGGUCGUGCGUAAAUGGCAGGAGAAGAAGAAUUGGGUGUUCAACACGUUCCCGGGCAAGGUCGGCUUGCCGGUUGGACUGUACAAUGCGCUCAAGUCGCAUGACGAGGCGCAGGCCAUUGCGGAGAAGCAGCUCGUGCCGGAUGGUAUUGACGAGAAGCUGGAUGAGCUCUUGCGCGCUAUGGAUCGCAAGAAGAAACGCAAAUCCGUCGACGACUCCCGCCACCCAUCCAAGAAAGCCCGCGUGCAAACCAAAUCCUCCGGAUCCAGCCACCCUAGAGAGUCACGGCCUAUCAAGAGCGCCAAAAAGACAAGCACCCCGAAGUCCAAGAAGACCUCGUCGUCCACCAAAGCCAAGAAAGCUGCUACGGCGGAACGGGCCGUGCCAGACUCGGAACGCCGUCGGAGUGGUCGGUCCAAGGGUCUCAAUCAGUCGUACAUUGAACGCGAUUCGGAUGAUGAUGACGAGGAGAUGUUGGAUGGUGUGGCGGAAUGGGAGUAUGAUGGGAGUCAAAAUGGGGACGAUGACAGUGAAAGCGGAAGUGGGAGUGAAGAGGAACAGGAGGAGGGCGACGAAGAAGAGGGAUCGGUGGUCGAAGUAGCUGAGGAAGCUGGAGCCGACGAGAGCGAAAAGGAAGACGAAGAAGACGAAGAAGAGGUGGUAGUGUCGAAAAAGGCCGAGAAACCGGCCACGCGUGGAAAGAGGACGCUAGCAACGCGGACAAAGCCGAAAUCGAAGGCUAAGGUCUCCCCGGCACCGGCUUCCGACGACGAGGACGAAGCAGAAAAUGGAGAUGUUGAGAUGGAAGAGGCCGCCACGGAUGGCAAGAACGGCAAUGAUGAGGAGGAGAAGGAAAAUGGUGAUGAGGAGGAAGAGGCUCCGCCACCGAUGCGGAGUACCCGGAGGAAAGCCAAGCCUGCCGCUCCUGUGCCUGAUGUGCCCGCUAGGAGGGCCAAAGCGACUUGGAGGGGGGAUAAGGCUACUCCUGUAGCUGUGGAUGGGUCUGAGCCUACCACGAGGAAGCCUUCGGCUAGGACUAGGAAGCCAGCUGCGCGCUAG